AUGCAUUGGCCAAGUAUCAUUGCCAGCCUGGCUCUGUUCCGAACAGGCCUGGCGUCUAUGAAUAAUUAUAAUUGCCCUCUGACGGUGGCCAACAAAAACCCGCUGACUUUUCAGACACGAUCAUGGGAUGGAAAGCAGCCGGUUCAAAACGUCGUCUUGUUAGGCAACGACAACACCACUCUCACCACAGUCGAUAUCGACAAUGAUGGAAAGAUAUCCGGUAAUAAUAACAAUAAUACAGGCACCGUCUCCUGGGAAUGCCUCAGCCCAAGCAUCGCCAAGGUGACGGUCAAGUCCAGCAAGCCUUUCGUCGGCGGCCGCGUCACCAAUAGCCCUGACAACCACUUCUACGGCGUCUGGGAGUAUCCGUGGAACAAUGCGAUAAUCAACAGCAACAUCACAUUCGAGAUCAAGGGCGUUGGCAAUUCCGCCGGAAUAAACUGGGACAAUGCGCGCGCACCGUUCUUCUUCAGCACCGCGGGCUAUGGCGUCUACAUCGACACGCCGGACAUGGGAUCCUUCUCAUUCAGCAGUUCUUCUCCCGGCGGUGGUUCCGGUUCGGGUUCCGCUCAGUUUGUGUUCAACACGAGCACGCUGACAUACUAUGUGAUCACGCCGACGGCGGAGAACGACUUCAAGUCGAUUAUCCAGGACUACACCGGCCUGUCAGCUCGCAGCAUCAUGCCGCCGGAUUCUGCGUAUGGGCCGACGCUGUACUCGGAUGACUUUGAGGAGGAUUUCCAUGGAUAUGUCACCAAUGCGGAGCAGAAUUACUACGAUGUCGUGGACCAUCUGUACUACAACCAGAUUCAUGCACACGCCAUAUUUGCUGAUCGACCGUAUGGCACGGGAAAUAAUUCAUGGGGCAACUUCGAUUUUGAUCCCAAGUACUAUCCCGACCCGGAGCGGUUGGUGAACAACCUCACGCAAUGGGGGUUUGAUUUUCAGGUCUGGGUGGCAAACCGCGCCUUUUACGACACAGAACUGUACAACGUCUCCGUUGCGAAUGGAUGGCUAUUUCCCGGAAUUGACCCCAUCCAAUUCCUAGGGCCAGCCCUGAACCUGUCGAUUCCAGAGGCCUAUGACUUUUUUAAGCAGAAACUGAAGUACUUUACUUCGAUUGGUGUCAAGGGGUAUAAGAUUGAUCGUGGUGAGGAGGGUGAGAUGCCAGAAUACGAGCAAAACAUCCAAGACGAGCUCUUCAAGAAGCUCUGCUACGAAAGCAUGGUCGAGAAAUGGGGCGAGAACGGCUUCCACAACUUUGCCCGCAGCGCCUUCGACAAAGUCCGGUCCUACACGACCGUCUGGAACGGGGAUUCCCAUUCCGACUUCCAGGGUCUGUCGUACACCGUCGCAAGCGCGAUCCGCGCCGGGCUCAUUGGCUUCUCCCACUGGACCAGCGACACAGGCGGCUAUGUUCGCCAGGGAGAUAAGCCCACGGAGGAGCUCUGGGCGCGGUGGAUGCACCACUCGGCGUUCACGCCGGAAUACGUUCUCCUCAUGGGGACGGGGCACACGCCCUGGUAUCCGCCGUAUACGUCUCGAAUGCUCGACAUCUACAAGCAGACGGCAAACCUCCACCACGAUCUGAUCCCCUUUAUCCGCAGCUACACGUACCAGGCCACGCAGACGGGUGUGUCCAUCAUCCGGGCCUUGUUCCUCGAACACCCCGACGAUCCCUCCACAUAUACCAUCGCAGACGAGUAUUUCUUCGGCGAGCAAUUCCUCGUUGCGCCCAUCGUGGAAAGCGGCGGGAGUCGACAAGUCUACUUCCCCAGGGGGACUCGCUACCUGGAGUACUACAACAAGACGGAGGUACACGAGGGCGGGUCGACGGCGGACGUGUCGUUGGAGCUGGAGUACCAGCCCGUCUUCGUCAAAGCCGGCGCGAUCAUCCCGCGAGGGGACGUGGUGCAGGGGAACAACAAGUGGACCAAGGACUGGACGCCCAGCCUCAACAUCGAGGUGUAUCCGAGCUUCGAUGUGCCCAGCAGUAGCUUCCAGUACUACAACCCGGAUGUGAAGAAGGCUGUCCCGAUCACCAUGGUCACCGAUCGCAAGACUUCGUCUGUCGAAGUCAGCUACGGCGAGCUGGGUGUUGAUGGAAAUUUGACGGUCUACACCAAGGGUGGGCCGUUGACGAGUCGGUUGGAUCGAAAUGGGGGGAAGGCCUGGUUUGGGAAUGUCGAGACUUUGUUUUAA